GGAGAACCCGCCUUCGUCGGACGCGGUCGAAACCUCUCUCACUCGAUUCCUCGAACAGCUUCCCGGCGACCUCUUUCCCAGAAAAUGGAGGAAGCAAAUCCUCCUCCUUCGGCUCCUCAACCCCCCUCGGUUCCGGCCCCGGAGGCGGCGGCGGCGGCGGCGGAGGCGCCCGAGGCCAGGAGCAAGAAGAGGAAGCUGAACGCCGCUGAGUUCCGGGAAUCCGAUUACUACAAGCUGCGCCUCGCGGUCAAGAACCUUCGCCCUCUGUUUGUCGAGGUUCUUCGUACACCGGAUUUUCGGAGCAGCAAAGUGGCUCAUGAUCUUCAAAAUCAGAUGAAGACAGUGCUAGAAUUGACCCAGAAGCUGAGGGGUGAUGUGACCUCAUGCGAGAAGUGUAAGAAACCAUCUGAGGCAGUACAUUCUUUGAAAGUCGAGAAUGAAGAACCAUUGGAGAAGCCCCCAGAGAACGUAACACCGAAUGCACAUCCUCAAGCUGGUGAUUUCCCGACUGCUCCCGAAAAAGCAUCUCAACCUGAGAAAGCCACAAGCAUAUCAGACAGUUUUCAGGGGACAACAGCUCCAGAAAUAAAGGAAAAGGCGAAGCAACUUGACGAAGCAUUUCAAGGAACCUAUGUGAUUGGUGGAUCCAAACUCGGUUGGAAUUUUCUUGUUUACCCAGGAAGCGAACCAGUCUAUUAUGGGGUUACAAAAGCAAGUGUGCUGGCACGCAGAGCUGCCGAGUGAUUGUUUUUGUUUGUAUCUGAAAAGGACCAAUGAUGAGAUAGUAAGACAAUUGUUCAACUGACUUUUAUGUUCCUAGAAGGUCAAAUUCUCCUGUCAGAGAUAUUUUUGCAUGGCCAAAAAUUAAUGUGGUUGGGUUUUCCAUUAA